UAAUAAUAUUUACUUUUUUUAUUAUAUUUGAUUAAAUGUUUAGAUAUUUUAAUAAAUCUACAACUUGUAUGAUAAAUAGCCCAUGCACAUACGAGAAACAGGAACAGAGGCAGUGAAGGAAAGAUCACACCUUCGUAUAGUGAGCAUGUCCUCCGCCGCCGUCUGGGAGGAAGCCCCCAGCAGUCGAUGCCUCACCGGCCUUCUGGCGAAGGCCCGCGCGAACCUCCAUUUCCAGUCGAUCUGGGCCGAGCUCAACGGCGCCAUGGGCGACCUCGGUACUUACAUCCCUAUCGUCCUCGCCCUGGCUCUCGCCAGGGACCUCGACCUCGGCACGACCCUCAUCUUCACCGGCGCCUACAACAUCAUCACUGGCGCCAUCUACGGCGUGCCCAUGCCCGUCCAGCCCAUGAAAUCCAUCGCCGCCGUCGCCAUCUCCAACCCUUCCUUCGGAAUCCCUGAGAUCAUGGCCGCGGGGAUUUGCACCUCCUCCGUCGUGUUCUUCCUCGGCGCCACCCGUCUCAUGGACGUCGUGUACCGCCUCAUUCCGCUCCCAAUCGUGCGCGGCAUUCAGUUAAGUCAAGGCCUUGCCUUCGCCAUCACGGCCGUCAGGUACGUCCGCAACAGCCAGGACCUCGGCAAGGGCAAGUCGCUCGGACAGAGGCCGUGGUUCGGUCUCGAUGGUCUAGUGCUCGUCAUCGUCGCCGCAGUCUUCAUCGUCAUCGUCAACGGGGCAGGGGAAGGGGAAGAGCAGGAGGAGAAUCUCUCUGCGGAAAUUGGUCGAGCAGGUGACGGUAAUGAGCGGAAAACCCCUAGAAAAAUUUGGGCGAGGAGGGUCUUGUUCUCGAUCCCGUCCGCAGUGCUCGUGUUCGUGCUCGGCGUGGUGUUGGCGGUGAUAAGGAAGCCGAGCGCGGCGGGUGGGCUCAAGAUCGGCCCGUCGAGGAUGCACGUGGUGAAGAUCUCGCGGCGUGCGUGGAGGGACGGGUUCGUGAAGGGCGCGGUGCCGCAGCUGCCGCUGUCGCUGCUGAACUCGGUGGUGGCGGUGUGCAAGCUGACAGGGGACUUGUUCGGGGCGGAGCGGGCGGCGUCGGCGACGUCUGUAGCGGUGACGGUAGGGGCCAUGAACCUGGUAGGGUGCUGGUUCGGGGCGAUGCCGUGUUGCCACGGGGCGGGAGGAUUGGCGGGGCAGUACAAGUUCGGAGGACGGACGGGGGGUUGCGUGGCAGCUCUGGGGGCGGUGAAGACGACGGUAGGGCUGCUGCUUGGAGGAUCGCUGCUGCGGCUACUGGUGGAGUUCCCAGUGGGGCUGCUGGGGGUACUGCUGCUAUUCGCAGGGGUGGAACUGGCCAUGGCGGCGAGGGACAUGACGUCGAAGGCAGAGUCGUUCGUGGUGCUCAUUUGCACCGCCGUGUCGUUGGUGGGGUCGAGCGCGGCGCUGGGCUUCGUCUGCUGCAUGGCGGUGCAUAUCUUGCUCGUGCUGAGGAAGAAGGUGACGAUGAACAUGAAUUGCAGCAACAAUGUUUGAAUUUUUUUUUAAAAAAAAAUAAUAAAUAUAUAUAUUCAAAACCUCUUAUUUCGAUAAAAUUGUGUGGUGGUGUAGCGAUUCAACCCUUCGUUGAAUAGUGGCAAAAACAUGUGUUUGUCGCAUUUUUCUAUGUA